AUGCGUUCCUCAAGCACUAACGGUCCGCUGUCUUCCAAUGGAGGCACCCCCACUGCAGCAUCUACACCUUCUGUAUCCGUACAACCGACCUUAAAAGUUAUGCGACUUUACAAGCCAAAACUCUUUGUCCAGGGUAUCAAUGGAGGCUCCAUGUUACCCACGUCCAUGGCUGAUACCACAGUGGCCUCUCAGGACGAGUUUGCACUGUCUAGUAUGCUCAUUCUACCCGACAGCUUUGGAGAGAUCUUCUUGGGCAAUACAUUUAGCAGCUAUAUCAGUGUUAUUAACCCGUACUCGUGCGAGUUACGAGAUGUUCGGCUAUCAGCCAAUAUUCAAUGUGCUAAUGAUCGAGUAGAGUUGCACGAUAAUCGCUACGCAAGGAUUGGAAAACAUCCUCCUCCAAAUCCUGUGGAUGUACUACCUGCUGGCUGUAGUCUGGAUAUGGUAGUGGAUUACCCAUUAAACCAAGUGGGGAAUCACGUACUACGUGUGGGUGUGGCUUAUGUGAAUCCUGUGACGGGUGAAAACAAAUCGCUGCGCAAAUUCUACCGGUUUGGAGUACAGAACCCUUUGGUUAUUACAUUCAAGCAAAAGUUGAUGCCAUUACAGCAGCAACAGAGUGAGACCAUUGUCGAAGCACAGAUUCGAAAUGUGUCGAAACUUCCGCUUUUUGUGGAUGAUAUCAAGUUUUUACCAUUGCUGCCAUUUAGAUCGGAAGAGAUGCAAGUGCAUAGUGUGGACAAACAGGAAGGGGAGCAAGCAUCGAUGCAAGAGUUGAUGGCAGUCAACAACGGGCAGCAGACACUUGUUUACCCCCAGGAGGAACUUCAACGAGUAUUCCGUGUCUCGUACGAUCCUGCAUCGGAUCCUACGUUACUAACGACUCAGGGUUCGCAGAAUCUUGGCCGACUUCAUGUCGGUUGGAAAAUAUCGAUGGGGGAAGCAGGGUCGGUGGAGAGCCAACCAGUGAUGCGGAGGGCUCCUGGAGCUGAUGGCCACACCGGAGCUGGCGCUGGACAAGAUGGCGAGGUCGUUGUAGCUGUUAAGGAGAUUCCUAAGGAAGUGGUGGUCGGACAACCAUUUUUGGUGGCUGUAUCCUUGACGAACAAAUCUUUUCAAAGUCUGACACUUCAACUGCAGUUUCGGAAAGAGCUGAUGGACGGUAUUGUGUGUUCAUCUAUAUCUCAUCAGAAUGUCGGCGUGAUGGAAGCACAGACUUCAAAAAUCAUUUGGGUCGAGUUUUUAGCUGUAGUUAGUGGGCUUCGGGUGCUGGGUGGCCCAGUAUGCGUCGACAUCCGAUCGGGCCAAGAAUACGCUCAAACGGCCGUUUUAGCGCACGUACUGGUUGCGCCACCUCCGUCGUCCUGUAAGACAGUCGAAUAA